GUAAGGUGAUAUCCUCAUUUUGCCUAAAAAACCACAUCAAAUUCUUCCUGCAUCAAAUGCAAACAGUCUUUUGGGAGCCGGAAAUAGAUCAGAGCAAAAAUGAAGAUCUAGAAGCAGCAAUGAAUAACCUUAUAAAGAGAACUGCUGUUUGGUAUCUUCUAAUAACAUUGUCGACAUUGCUCAUGUUUUUGUAUGUACCUCUUCUCAGCGAUGAAGAUAAGCUUAUCUUCGAGGCUUACCGAAUACCGGCACUUGGUUACUUAGGCAACUUGGGCAUACAAGCCUACGUCGGUUUUACACACAUCGUCUAUGGAAUUUUUCCUUUCGACAUGAUCUUUAUGAUACUCGUGACAUGCACUACAGUUCAAUUCAAGAUGCUCAAUGAAGAGUUGAGGAGUUUAUUUGACCGGGAUUUGAGAAGUGAAGUAUCGAACGACAAGUUUCGCGAAAGGUUCAACAGAUGUAUAAAGCAUUACGAUUUCCUACUCCAGUAAGUGCAGACAAAUGGAUAAGUAAAUUGAACUGCUAUCAAGCAUUGUAUGCUCAAAACGUUCAUGA